AUGGCUGAAGGACUCAAGGUAUCCAUUGAGAAGUUGGAUGUGGAUAACUAUACGACGUGGUCGCAGCAGAUGAAGUUUCUGCUGGUCCACAAGAAGCUCUGGAAGGGAGUGGCCGAUCCCGCAGGGGAUGCGGAUAGAACCGAGGAGGCAAAGGCUGUGAUAGGUCUAAACGUGCGGUCCCAGCACCUAGGGACGGUAACCGCUGCGGCGAACGCUAAGGUUGCGUGGGAUGCAUUGGAGGCGAUCUACAAAGGCAAGAGUGCCACUCGGAAGUUGCAACUCCGGCAAAAGCUAAUUACUCUCAAGCAAGGGUCCGGUGAGUCCGUGGCCGCCUACGUUGACAGGGCUAGAGACCUUGAGAGGGAAUUGGUGAGCGCGGGGUCGGAUGUGAAGCCGGAUGAUCUUGCCAUGUCCGUGUUGAGCGGGUUGUCUAAGGAGUACGGGACUGUGGUAACGGUCUUGAUGUACUCGGAUAAGCCGGUAACGGAGGGGGCAAUGGCAAGGGGAGAAAGGCUUCGAUGGCUUGCCACAAGUGUGGUGAGUUGGGGCACUUCGAGCGGGAGUGCAAGAAGGGGGCUCAAAGGGCCUCAAGGGUCAAAGGAGUCCGGAAAGCCAAAGUUCCGGAAAGGCCGCGAGUGCUACGGUUGCGGAAGCACCAACCACAUCCUCAAGGAUUGCCCCAAGGGAGGGGGAUCGGGGUCCAACCGCGGGGCCGCCUUCAUGGCGGGAGACGGAGUAGGGGCCGGGACGGGGAAGUGGGUUCUAGACUCGGGGGCCACCCAACACAUGAGCGGGGACAAGGGGAAGUUCACAACCCUCAAGAUGCUAGAAACCGGGUCGCGAAGAAUUCGGAUAGCAAACGGUACGUAUGUGGACGUAGCCGGAGAGGGGACGGUCGAGUUGCGGUGCCUAACGCCAACGGGCGUGAGGGUCAACACUCUUCUUGAUGUGUUGUAUGUCCUCGGCGUGGUUGAGAACCUCUUCUCGGUGACGAGGGCUACCGACGCCGGCGUGGUGCUUGGGUUCAAGCGGGGCGUGUGCCAAGGCUUCCUGAACGGUGAGAUCAUCUUCCGUGCGGAGCAAGGGAUGGGCUUGUUUGAGGUGUGUGAAGCGGAGCCCGAUGUGGACGCGUGCAUGCUUGUGAGGCAAGCCAAGACCGCGGAGUUGUGGCACCGGCGGCUUGGGCACGCCGGGUGUGAGAGUUUGGCUAAGAUGGUCGAGGGAGACCUAGUCCGGGGUGUGGGGGUGAAAGCCGAGGCGUUUCGGGAGAAGAAACCCUUGGUCAACGAAAUCCUGUCGAGAACGAGGUUAGGCUUAACCAGUCGUAAUCGUUACACGCGAGUGCUACGGUUGCGGAAGCACCGACCACAUCCUCGAGAAUUGCCCCAAGGGAGGGGGAUCGGGGUCCAACCGCGGGGCCGCCUUCAUGGCGGGAGACGGAGUAGGGGCCGGGGUGGGGAAGCGACGGUUCUAGACUCGGGGGCCACUCAACACAUGAGCGGGAACAAGGGGAAGUUCACAACCCUCAAGAUGCUAGAACCCGGGUCGCGGAGGAUCCGUAUAGCAAACGAUACGUACGUAGACGUAGCCGGAGAGGGGACGGUCGAGUUGCGGUGCCUAACGCCAACGGGCGUGAGGUUCAACACUCUUCUUGAUGUGUUGUAUGUCCCCGGCGUGGUUGAGAACCUCUUCUCGGUGACGAGAGCUACCGACGCCGGCGUGGUGCUUGGGUUCAAGAGGGACGUGUGCCAAGGCUUCUUGAACGCGGAGCCCGAGGUGGACGCGUGCAUGCUUGUGAGAGAAGCCGAGAGCGCGGAGUUGUGGCAUCGGAGGCUUGGGCACGCCGGGUAUGAGGGGUUGGCUAAGAUGGUCGAGGGAGACCUAGUCCGGGGUGUGGGGGUGAAAGCCGAGGCGUUUCGGGAGAAGAAACCCUUGGUGUGUGAACCUUGCAUCAUGAGGAAGCAAACCCGGGAGUCGUUUCCUAGGGAGUCGGACUCCAAGGGAAGCACGGAACCCCUCGAGCUCGUGCACAUGGACGUGUGCGGGCCCAUGCCGGUGGCGUCGCCCGGGGGGUGUAGGUGGUUGGCCACUUUCCUAGACGACUACACCAAGCUCUCGGUGGUGCAACCGUUGAAGAAGAAGAGCGAGGUGACGGAGGCCACGGAGAGGGUGUUUGCCCGGUUGGAGUUACAAUCCGGGAAGAAGGUCAAGUCGGUUCAAACGGACCGCGGCGGCGGGGAGUACGUCAACGAGAAGAUGACGCCUUUUCUCGGCAAGAAAGGGACGGUGCAACGCACUACGGCGGGGCACUCUCCCGAGCAAAACGGGUCGGCGGAGCGGUUGAACCGAACCCUAGAAGAGAGGGCGCGGGCUUUGCUAGAGGACGCCGGCUUGGGAGGGGAGUAUUGGGCGGAAGCGAUGGUGACCGCUAACUACACCCGGAAUCGGGUGCCCUCGAGCGUGCACGGGAAGACCCCGUACGAGAUGUUCUAUGGGGAGAAGCCGGACCUUAGCCACAUGCGGGUGUUUGGGGCGCGGGCCUACAUCCAUGUCCCUAAGGAAAACCGGAAGAAGUUGGAGCGGGUGAGCGAACGGGGGGUCUUCCUAGGGUAUAAGCCGAACGCGAAGGCCUAUCGGGUCUUGAAGGAGAGGACCGGAGUUGUGAUUGUCUCCCGGGACGUCGUUGUAGACGAGCGGGGGCCCUCCGGGGUCGUUGAGCUUGGCUCCGUCCCGGGGAAGGAGGAGGGGGGUGCUCGCGACCCUAGUCGUGUGAGCCCCCCGACUCAGAUGGGUGCAGGGGCUACCCCUACGGGGGAGGCCGGCACUCAGCCCGGUGCAGAAGCUACUCCUACGGGGGAGGCCGGCACCGGGAGCGAGGAGUCCGUUUUAACAGAGGGCGCCGAUGAGAGCGGCGAAGUCGUGGAAGAGCCGGUGGUCACCCCGGCGGAUUUGGGGGCGAGGAAAAACCCCCCUAGAGAGAGGAGAUUGCCGGAGCGUUUUAGGGUUAACCUCGCGGCGGAAGGGGUUAGGGAUAACCCACCAAAGGAGUCGGGGGAGCACCCGGAGCCUCAAGCUAUCAGGAAGCCGUAG